CACUAUAUGGAUGACAUCCUGGUGGCUGCACAACAUCACGAGGUCAUGGAGGAAGCUGUAGCCCUUGUCAUGGCUGCUGUUAAUUCAGCAGGCCUCUGUAUUGCGCCGGAAAAAAUUCAGAAAAUGCCGCCAUGGAAAUACCUAGGCUGGCGCAUAAGAGCUCAAACUAUAAUUCCUCAAUCUUUACAGAUAAGAACAGAUAUAAAAAACUUGCAUGAUGUGCAAAAAUUACUGGGGACAAUCAACUGGGUUCGACCACUGUUGGGGAUCUCUAAUGUGGAAUUGAGUCCUUUAUUUGAAUUACUUAAAGGGGACACAAAUUUAAGUUCCCCCCGUAGCCUUGGCCCUGAGGCUAUUGAUUCUCUGCAGAAGGUUGCUGCAGCAAUUGCUCACCGGCAAGCACAUCGAUGGGCUCCUGAGCUGCCCUUUAACCUAAUAAUUUUAAAUCCUGCUCGACAGCCUCAUGCAGUAAUGUUUCAAUGGGAUCCUCAGAAAUCAGAUCCACUAUUGAUCAUCGAAUAGGUUUUCUUGCCAAACCAACCUACGAAAACUAUCUUGACACAGCAUGAGAUGUUUUCUUCCCUGAUUAUCAAAGCUAGGCAGCGUCUGUUAACGUUGUCAGGGAUAGAUUUUGCAUCCAUUUGCUUACCAGUGACAGAAGUGUAUUUAUAGUGGCUUUAUCAGCAAUCAAAUGCCCUUUGCAUGGCAUUGGCAGGUUAUGUGGGUCAACUCACAUCUCACCCACCACCACAUAAACUAUUUAACAGUAAUUUCUCUCUGAUACCCAAACCUAAAAGGAGUGAUUUGCCAUUACAAGCCCUCACUGUAUUUACCGAUGGAUCUGGAAACUCACAUAAAUCAGUUAUCUUGUGGUGGGAUGACCAACGGGGGCAAUGGAACUCAGACAUAGAGACCGUCCCUGAUUCUCCUCAAAUAGUAGAAUUGACUGCAGUUGUUCGAGUCUUUCGAAAAUGGUCUAUGCCACUUAACAUAAUUACUGAUUCUGCUUAUGUUGCAGGAAUUGUUGAACGUGCAGAAGCGUCUGUACUGCGUGAUGUUUCGCAUUCUGACUUAUUUGCCUUAUUGCAAGAGCUUAUCUUUCUUUUAGAUUCGCGCCCUCAUCCCUAUUUUAUCAUGCAUGUCAGGGCACAUACCUCUUUACCUGGAUUUAUUGCAGAAGGAAAUCGACAAGCAGAUUUAUUAACACUACAGGUACAAGUAUUGCCAGAUCGUAUAGCGCAGGCUAAGCUUAGCCAUUCCUUCUUUCACCAGAACGCUGGAGGUCUCAAACGACAGUUUGGGCUCACUUCCCAGCAAGCAGCAAAUAUAAUCGCAGUAUGUCCAGACUGUCAAAAACAUUCUUUUCCAUCAAUAGCAGGAGGAGUUAACCCCAGAGGUCUGCAGAGCUUGCAACUAUGGCAAACAGAUGUCACACAUUAUUCGGAAUUUGGUAAAUUGAAAUAUGUACAUUCCUCUAUUGAUACUUUCUCUGGUGCUUUGUUUGCUUCUUGCCACACAGGGGAGAAGUCACGCGACGUCCACAAACAUUUAAUGCGUGCUUUUGCUACCCUAGGCGUACCCUCUCAAAUAAAAACGGACAAUGGCCCUGCAUAUACCUCGGCUACAACAAAAACCUUUCUCGACUCCUGGGGUGUGACACACAUUACUGGCAUCCCUCAUUCUCCUACAGGUCAAUCCCUAAUAGAACGCUCUCACCAAUCUUUGAAACGUUUAUUACAACAACAAAAAGGGGGAGUAGGAACUGCUACACCGGAGGAAUGUCUACAAAAAGCUUUAUAUGUUUUUAACUUUUUGAAUUGUUCUUUGUUAGAUAAUAACCCUCCAAUAGUUCGACAUUUUAACAUGAAUGAUUCACUUGAGGCAAGAAUUAAGGCCCCAGUGCUGGUUUGA